AUGCAAAAGCGAGAUGCAAAUCCACCAAAGUCCCGUUUCGCAUCAUUUCCCCUCUUGCUUUUCCUGACUCCUCCAGUUCCUCCUUGGCCUUGGCGCCAACCUGAAUGUUCGUGCCUGCUGUAUCCGUACGGAGUACUUGCCUCACCGACGUGUCUACCUACGGAAGGGAAGUUACGCCAAAGGUAUCCAAGAUGCGCAUCGUUCCUGCCUUGCGGAUAG